AUGGAUGGGCCGGAGACGGGCCUGGUGCGUUGGUCGCCGAAUGCGAGCAUCGACUCGUUUUUGCACGUCAACCUGCACCACCGCGUCGUGCAGCUCUACAAGCCGACGGGCUACGCAAAGACAGGCCUGUUCGAGUACCAGAACGUGUCCAGGCACGAAGACUUUCCAACACUGACGUCGUUUGAUUGGUCGCCGACGGUCUCGGGCGUUGUGGCGAUCGGCACGCCCACGGGCGUCGUCAACCUGCUCAAAAUCGACGACGACUCCAACGCCUACGUGGAGCUCAACCUCAAAAUGUCGCGCACGUGCCAGGCCGUGGCGUUCAGCACGUCCAACCUGCUCGCCGUGGGCCUGGACCGCGUGCGCAGCGACCGCAGUCUGUACAUCUGGGACGUGAACCGGCUGUCGUCGUCGGCGCGGCCCGUCGAUGCAGCCAGCAUCGGCUCGGGUGCCACCGCAUCGGCCGGCGGGUUCCCCAAGGACAUGGAGCCCUUUGGCGAGCCGAUCGAGGUGCGCGAGGCCAGCGUGUCCGUGUCGAGCGUGCGCUUCUUCGAGGACAACCCCAGCACGCUCGUGGUCGGCAUCAAAGGCCAGGGCCUGCGCAUCCACGACCUGCGCGAUCCCGGCCUGCACCCGCUCCAGUUUCAGACGCGCUGCACCAACAACCUGGCCAUUGACUACGCGGACCCCAACUACGUUGCCUCGUCGGCGCUCGACCACCCGGGCAUCAUGGUCUGGGACAAGCGCGCCACGAGCCGGUCCAUGGCCUCGCCGCUGUAUCUGGACGCGGUCGACGUCGACGAGCUGCCGUGGGGCGGCGCUCUGCGUCUCGACCGCGCCGUCACGCCCGAGUCCGAGCAGGCCAUCAACGAGAGCAAGGCGUCCGUCAUCCGUGCGCUGCGCUACUGUCGCGACCACCGCGGCAUGCUGGGCGUGCUCUCCGGGUCCGGCCAGCUCAAGGUCUACGAGACGAAGCACGAGUACUGCCCGCCGGAGCUGAUUGCCGACCACAGCCCCGAGCUGCUCGAGGUGCGCCGGUCCAACGAGAUGGACAACCAGUACUCGGACCCGCGCCACAAGAACGAGCGCAUUGUGUCGUUUGACUGGGUCACGAUCGGGUCGCCCGCGCUGCGGCCGCGCGUGCUCGUCCUGCGCGCCAACGGCAGCUACGACAUUCUCGAGAAGCCGUCGUUUACGACCACGUACCCGUUUAAGCUCAUCCCCUGGACGGCGCCGUACCGCGGCCUGGAAGAGGGCGCAUCGUACCACGCGAUGAUGCAGUUCGAGACGAACCAGGCGACCGAGGUGCUGUACCCGGUGGCCUUUGAAGAGGCGCUAGCCGACAUCCCCAUUUUUGCGUCCGAUGCCACCGAGAUCAACGGCGCGAUCCAAAAAGCGCAAAAAGAGCGCGCGGCACAGAUCGACGCCGAUGCGCUGGCGCAGGCCAAGACGUCGCGGCUGUCGCCCGAGUUCUAUUCGGCCAAGACCGUGGCCAAAAAGCUCAAGAUCCUGCGGGCAUUCGAGAAGAAGCAUCUGCGGCAGCCGCCCAAAAAGGGAGCGGCACAGGAUGCGCGUGCAGGAACAGCACCGACAGCACCAACGGCUACAGCAGCUGCAACAGCCGCAUCAACAGCAGGUUCGCUGGCCGACCUGACCGACUCGACAGCAUCACUGGCAUCCGUCUCGGGCCGGCCACUGACCAGCCAGGAGCUGCACGAAAGCCUGCUGUCCUCCACAUUGGCGCGGCAGGGUUUCCCGUCCGAGGCGCAAGCGGUGCUCGACCACGUCAUGUUGCUCCGCGCCAAGGAGCGGUAUCUGUUCCACUGCGCCCGGAACCAAGAGAUUGUGGCAGACGACCCGUGGCUGUGCGACGUCUGGGGCUGGCUAGGCGAUGCCGAGGCGGCCGCCGACGGCGGCGACAUGACGGCGCACUACCUCGACUUGUCGUACAUGGGCGUGGCCGGCAUCUGGUUCGAGGACCUCGGCACCAACAAAGACGCGCGCAUCUACGGCAUCGACCCGUCGUCGUCGCCCUCCUUCCCCGACGCGUCCAACUGGCAGCGCACCAUUAGCUCCAUCUGCCGGAAACGCGGCGUCCGGCGCUACGAGGGCGUCGAGACGCGGAAACCACACCACCGCCAGCUGUGCCUCGAAAUCUGCGGCUGGGGCCGUCCGCCGGCCAGCAGCCUUGCCGCCAACCACAGCGGCAGCGACGGCGCAGACGGCAGCGGCGAAACGGACACGGCCACCGAGCGGACGACGUCGUACCACACCAUGGCGGCGGCCCAGGCGCUGUUCCGCGGCGACAACCGCCAAGCCGUGCAGAUUCUCAAGAUGGCCAGCACCGAGCACCCCGAGCUGCUCUUUGUCUCGCUAGCGCUGCAGCUGAUGGGCCGCCGCGACGAAGAGGGGAUCAAGAACGGCGCGGCCGGCGGCGGCACGGUGCUGGGCGCCCGGGGCGACCGCGACCAGCUCGACUUUGACGAGGCGCUCGCGUCCAAGACCGACCCCUACUUGCGCGCCAUCUCCUCGCUCAUCGCCACCGGCGACUGGACCACCAUUGCGCACCAGACGUCGCUGCCCCUGCGCGAGCGCGUCUUUGUGGCGGUCCGCAUGUUUGACGACGACCAGCUGUCCGCCUGGCUGCGCGACACGCUCGCCGAGGCCGUGCGCACGGGCGACGUCGAGGGCCUGGUGCUGACGGGCCUCACCGAGCCCGCCGUCGACAUCUGGGCCCGCUACGUCGACAAGUUCCACGACGUCCAGACCGCGACGCUCGUCAUGUCCAUGGCGGCGCCGCGCUUUGUCGACGACUACCGCUGCACCGCCUGGCGCACCGCCUACCGCGCCUACUUGCAGCGCCACCGCGCCUUCUUCCAGCGCGCCAAGUUCGAGGUCGAGAGCACCAAGCGCAGCAAGGGCGCCGCCGACGGCCGGCCCAAAGUCGCACCGCCGGCACGCCAGAUUGCGCUGCGCUGUGUCUAUUGCGACGCGCAAACGCGGCUCGCCGUGCCGCCGCCGGCGUCGGGCGUCAGCGCCGGCGCCAGCGGUAGUACCAGCGGUAGCGGCGUGCUGGGCAGCGUCGUGGCCCUCGACAACCACAACCAGCUGCCGGCCAAGCUGGCCAUGGCGGGCGUCAGCUGCCCCAACUGCAAGCGGCACCUCCCCCGGUGCGUCGUGUGCCUCGAAAUCGUGGGCACGCCGCGGUCCGACCGGCCCGAGGCCUCGGCGGACGCGGACACGCGGCUGGCGGCGCGCUUCCCGACGUUUUGUCUCAAGUGCGACCAUGUGUUGCACCUGGACCACGCGCGGCAGUGGUUCUCGCGGCACGCCGAGUGUCCUGUGCCCGAGUGCAGGUGCCGGUGCAACUUCCGGGCCAACCCCGAGCUGAACUACCAGUAA